AUGGCGGCGGGCGGCGACGAGGCUCCGCACCCGGACGCCGAGCGGCCACCCUCGGACUCCCCCGCUGGGGCGGGCUCUGGCGGGGACGCCCUCGCGCUGGCCGGCGUGCCCGAGCACGGGGACAUGAUGGCGCGGUUCGAGGCGCUGUCGAAAAUGUUCCAGUGUGAGGUGGAGGGCCUGCUCGGCAGCCAGAAGGAGACGGCCAAGGAGGAGACCUGGGCAGGCUGGAGGAGAGAAACAGGCAGCUGGAGGCUGAGGUGCGGGCCCUGCGCGCAGAGGCAAGCGGCGUUGCGAGCUCCAUCCGGUGCUUCAUGGCCGACAACCAAGGCGAGCAGCUUGAGAGGGUCUUCGGUCCGGAGGACAGAGCCGGGCGCAGAGCCCCUUGGCGGCGGCGGCAGCCCGCGGGGCUCAGGACCAACCCGCAGAGCUGGCCGACGGACGCCUCGGUGCGCUCGUGGCGGCCUUCCUGCAGGUCAACGGCGCCGACGAGCGCCCCGAGAUUCGACAGGCGCGGCAACAGGUCGCGGAGCUGCGGGCGCGCGCGGAAGCGGACUUCGCGGAGUUGGCGCGGUUGCGCGGGGAGCUUGCGGAGGCGCGCAAGCUCAAGUCGCAGGAGGACGAACGCGACCUGGCGGAGUUCGCCGCCCUGCGGGAAAAAGAGUCCGAGGCGCAGGGGGCGAGGCUGGAGCUGGAGCAGCUGAGGUGCGAGCUGCAGGAGCAGCAGGCACACGGGAGGCAGCUCGGGGCCCGGGCCGACCAACAGCAGGCGCUGCUGAAGGAGAGAAAUCCGACAAGAUCAUCGAGCUUGUCAGGCGCCUGGAGGAGCAGAGCGAGCAGGUCCGUCUUCUCAGCGACGAGAACAACACGCUCAGGCUCGAGCUCGGCCGCGACGCCGACUAUUCGAAGGCAUUGCCCGCCCCGGCGGACCCGCUCUCGUACACGUGCGCCGCGGGCACCCUGUCCGACGAGCUGAAGGCGGAGGACCCGGUGCACCUGCAAAGCCUGGCCGUGGGCAUGGCAAAGGGGGCCCGAGGCACGGUCCGAGAGCCGCCAGGCUCAGACCCCUUCGCGUCUCUGCUCGGGUGCCCGCCCCGGUCGGUCUGCCGCCGCGCCCCGGCGGUGCGGGUCGCCGCACCCGACCCGAGCGCGGUGGGCGAGGGCCCGCGCGAGACUCGGUGGCGACAGCUCCGACGGGUUGGCGACGACUGUCUGUCGGACCACGCCCGAGAACUGCGGCGGGUCACUGGCGGCAUCGCGGCGACCCGAGCGCCAGCGGCCGGGACACGCCGGCCGUGA